CUCAACUUGAGCAUGCUUGCUCAGAAAGUCUUCAACAGGGGAGCUCUGAAAGUGUGCUGAGAAACCGAAGGAAAUCCACUUAGUCUUAGCAAUGGCUACAAUGACAGAGGAUUUAUCACGGUCGGACGUUGAACCUGAAAUGAAGAUGCUGGGGGCAGAUGACGCUGGAGAACAAAACGCUGAAGCAAGUGACGAAGUGGAGAACCUUCGAAACAGUUUACGUGAGGUCGUCCACGAUGACAGCGUCCGACCUAAAAUGCAGUGCCUAAUGAUGGAUACGUCUUUCUCCAUGGUGACCAUGCAAGGUGAGGACAGCGGAAUCGCGUGGGAAACAACUGCAAGUCGCUGUGCCACACCGUGGACACCUGAAGCUGGAACAGUGGAUGUUACCUUUCCGGCACCUGUCCGACCUGGAGCGUUUGGUUCCCAGCCUGCGGGGAAGAUCAUUUUUGUCAUGGACGAAAAUAUGAUUACCAGACAGAGAAAACCAAAAGAAAGCCUUAGUUAUCAGAGGAGCAAAGCAGAAAGACAGACAGAAGACUGGGGGGAAACCUCUGAUGGGCGACCUGAGUUGGUGGAGGUGUCUCGACCUAAUGUAAAAAGUGAGGGAGAUGGAGAAGAAGAGGAAGCGACUGGUCUUCUUGAGGACAAAGAGCAGAGUUUGUUCAGUAUUGUAUCAGAGGGUUCGGAAAUUCUCAACAUUGUUGUCCCCCCUAAAUUCGCGACUGUGGAUGAAGAGGAGAGCCAAGAAAUGGUGGACAACCUGUCGUAUUUGGAGGAGAUCCCAGUUCCUAAAUUCAAUGAGGAGACUCAAGAAACCGAGAUGUUAUCCUCAGCAGAAUUAGGUGAUCGGUUUCAGUUUUUACCUCCUACUGGUGCUGGUUUAAUGGACCCACCAGGGGCUCCAGUUGCCAGACCUCCAGCGAGAGGAGCAACUGGGAAUGUGGACUACUUUGAGGCAUUCUCGCUCAUUGAUGCCCAGGCUCCAGGGAGCCCAGCAGUGAUCGCACAUGGGCAAGAGGAAAAUGAAACAAAGCCAGCCACUGACAACAUGGAUACAGAGAAACCAGUGCCAGCUGACAAACACGCAUUGACCAAAAGUGUGGAUGUGGAUAAUUCAGACACAGUCAGUUUAGAGGAAAUCACCAGUGACCUCCUAGAUGAUGUUUUCUAUGGAGGUACAGAAAGCUACCCUUUAAAAAGUCUUAACAGUACAAGUGAAGUUGGAAGGUCAGAAGGUCCAACAUCUAGGCUCGCUUCCAAACCAAGUGGUUCGUCUCUGUUCAGUAGCCAGGAGGACAUCCUAACACCGGUCUUCUUACCUGAGGGACCGGCAAAAAUCAUUGACCAAAUAUUGCUGGAAGAGCCAAAAGCCAUGGCUUUCCUUUACACCGACCUGUAUGAGGAAGCAGUGGGCAGCAGGAAAAAGGACGAGGACACGGAAAGCAUGACGUCUGAGAAGUCCUUCCAUAGCAGGCAGUCAGAUCGAGAGGCCAGGGGAUAUUUAGAGAAAUAUGUCCUAAUUGAUGAGACUCCUGCCGUAGAGACGGAACAGCAAGAUACAGAUGAUUUCACAGAAGAAGAUCUUCGGACCCUGCCCCAAGAUAUGUAUGACUUUGAGGACAUUCUGGUUAAGUCUGAAAACGAAAAUAAACAACAAUCAGAAGAAGUCACAGACUUCUUCAGGUCCAGUGGCAAUUCUUCUCCCUGUGAUAUAGAACCUUUUCCUCGAUCACUAGAAGAUGACAACGUGCAGCCAACAAGAAAGAGCAGUAUCAAGACUCAAAAAAGUGUCACCAUAGCUGUAGACAAAGUGCCAGAAAUCCCUAUUGAUCCUCUCAGCUUAUCAAGCUAUGAGUUGCCAUCAGAUGAACUAGACUGGGAGGGAAUAGAUGAUGGUCCUAGAGCCCUGGAUGAGAAAUAUGUUGGAGCUCAAAAGAAAGAAGAAGAUUGGGAGAAGGAAGAACCAGAGCAUGAUAAGCCAAAUGUCCCCCCCAGGAAGAAGGCACAGUCCUCUCCUAAAACAUGCUUGGAUCUUACUGCUCUGACUCCGGUUGAUAUGAUUACACAGGAAAAAGAAGAGGCUGGAGGUAAAGAGCACAGGGUGGAGGAGAAAGAGACAGCCUCACCGGCAGAGACUGCAGACGAAGGCGAUGGAAAUGGAGAGGACAAUGUGCCGAGUGGGACUGAAAAUGCACCACUUCAGAACAUGGCAGCUGAGCUAACAACCUGGUGUCUGGAGGGGGAAAGCACAAAAGACUCUGAUGAGACCGCUGUCUUAGAUUCAAUACCAAGUGAGGGGAAGAAAACAAAAACAGAUGCAGAAGAGGGAAGCAGCGAGACUCCGACGGCUACGACUCAAUCAGGACUUACAGAGACAGAUGUUGAGAUGAAUAAGGCAGAGAAACAAGAUACUUCCACCACCUCAUCAGCUGACCCUGAUAAAAACAAAAGGCAGUGUGUCAUACUUUAGUUUAGCACAUAUAUAUCUAUAUAUAAAUAUGCAUACUUUGCCAUUUUCAGAAUCAGUUUUAUACCAUGAUGUCCGUACAAGUGAUCUUUUUCGACUACAAAAUUAGCUCAAAUUUAAGUUCUGUAAACAAUUUAAGGAAAUUGUAAUAUGUAUUGACUGGUUUGCAGAAGAGGUGUGAAAAGGUUUUCAAAAUUGAAAC